UGGUGGAGCUUCAGUAUUUACAACAACAUUUGUCUGAAGACUUCGCGACGCUGCUGUCCAUCACAGACAGACAGACAGGGAGGGAGGGAGUCAACCCAUCAGUGAGACAGCUUUUGUAUCCUUCCUCUGCUACACGAUGGCUGUCGCGUCCAGUUCGGACUUCUUUUCUGCAUUUUGGAGACAUAUUUCCCACAAUGUUGGCGAGUGAAAUCCGUCUACCUUGUGUACUGCAGUGGUGCGCAGCUUCGCCUGGAGAAACACCUGUACGCCUCUUCUCUCCACUGGCCCCACAGCCAUGAAUGUUGAAUAGGCAACCGAUUACCCCUAAGGCGCGGCGUCUGUCUGCAUUUAUCUAAGAGAAAGAAGCAGAGAGGGAGCAGCACAAAUACCGCACAGCCAGACAUCAUGCAAGGUGAAUCCUUCCCUCGCUGCAGAGUGCUGAAAUGUUAGGACUGAAGAGCAAGAGUGUCAGAUCGAAUCAGCUGACUGUUUACCGUAGGGGGGGCAAUAAGAGCUGCUUGACACUAUACUCACUAACGCCCUGUGUGUGGUUUAAUGCCCCUUUCAAUCACAAUCAAGAAAAGACGUGUUAACUGAUCUUUCAUCAGCACUUUUCCAGCCAACGUCAGGUUUAGCAAUCCGAGCCGAGAUGGAGUGGUCACUGGAGAACGUGAGAGAGAUGGUGGCUGGAGGCAUGCAGUCCAUAAGGGAGUGUGAGAUCUGUGCUUUUGCCAUAGCCAUGUGUGUGCUGCUGCUGUUUAUGUGGUACUGUUACAGGGUGGGCCGCGAGCACGGCUCCAGCCCCUUGCGUGGGAGGUAUCUGUCUGGGCCCAGUCGGAUCGGAGGAGUGGUGGGGGGCUUCAUGAGUUCAGACUGCCGAAACAGGGGCAAAGGGAAGCAGGGGUCGAUGCUGGAGGAGCAGAACGGCUUCGCUUUCUGCCAGUCGUCAGACUGCUUCCGAUGCACCAGCGCUGGAGAGAGUCUGAACCAGAAGCUCUAUCACAGCCUGCAGGACUACGCCAAACGCUACACCUGGUCAGGAAUGGGCAGGGUGCACAAAGGUGUCCGUGAUCAAGGCCGAUACCUAAACAGCCGACCCACCAUCCAGCGGCCAGAGGUGUUCUUUCUCCCAGACCUCCCCUCAGCCCCGUUCUUUUCCAGAGAAGUGCAGAGACAUGACGUGGAGCUGCUGGAGCAGAGCUUCCCCGCCCUCAUGGCCGAGUUUGAGAGCAUCUACCACCAGCCCCCGGCCCGCAGCGGCUCCUCCCUGCCACCAGGGUGGAAAUCCAACAACACCCCACGUGGGCAGUGGUGGACCUACUACCUGGUCAACCAAGGCACCCCCCUGGUUCUCAACGUGAGGAGGUGUCCGCGGGCCUGGAGGGUGCUGGGCCAGCUGCGCACCUUCAUCGCCAACAACGUGUUCGGAAACGCCUGCUUCUCCGUGCUGACUCCUGGAGCGUUGAUCACCGAGCAUUACGGUCCAACAAACGUCCGGCUGCGCUGCCACCUGGGUCUCAGAGUGCCCCCCUCCUGCGAGCUGGUGGUUGGUGGAGAGCCGCAGUGCUGGUCUGAGGGCAGCUGCCUGCUAUUCGAUGACUCCUUCCUCCACAGGGCCUUCCACGAGGGCGGUGCAGAGGACGGCCCCCGGGUGGUCUUCAUGGUGGACCUCUGGCACCCUAAUGUGGCCGCUGCUGAGAGACAAGCCUUGGACUACAUUUUUACUCCAGGUCGCUUAGAGGACAAAGAAGGGAAAUAGGUGUGAGUGAGAAACCGUGUCUGACCGAGAGACAGAUGGCGUUUUAGGGAGGUGUCUGUAGGAUUGGGGAGCAUCUCUUUUUCUGCCUCCAGACCAGCUCUCACAUCCACUGUGUACAUAUUCUCCGUGUCCUAUCUCAUAACUCUCUUAGCAGAAGACCAAACAUUGGGCCUCUUUUAUCAUUCAUGUUUUUGCCUGUAUAAUAAAAGGCAGCCACAAUUGAAAGUAGCUUUUUUGCUAAACUUAGCAGGAGCACGAUUGUUCAUGGAGCCAUCUAAAUAACAUGGCAGGGACCUUUUGAAUCUUUGAAUGUUAACGCAUUUGCAUAUAGAUGAAUGCUGUGACUGAACAGUUUAUCAAAUCUGUUCUGGACCCUCUUUACCCAUAUAGGAUUAUUUGUAAAUCUCAAAUUAGUUUAAUUUCUGCUUGAAACUGUUCAACAGUAACGAGCAAAGUACAUUACAGAUUUGAUAAAUGGCUCAAAGCAAGCCAAACAAUAACCGUCACCAUCUUACACUUCUGCUUUACAGUAUGUAUGGAGCCAUAAGGCCACAUAUUCUGAAUGAACUGAAGUCAUCGAGUUAGCAUUUAUGGGUCCGGAGUUAUCCCAACUUGUUGGUGGUAUUACUUUGCACUUAACAUUGAUUGCUUUACACUUACUGUUACACCUAUAUCUUUGCAAGGGCUAAACAUUUGAUCGUUAGACUUUUUAUAUUACUCAACACAUCCGUUCACACUUAAGAUGCAUUGUUUUUUUCACACAAAUACGGUUGUCAGUGAGGUUACACAUUUUUCUUUACUGUUACAUACUUUUUAACUGUUUUCAUGAUGAGAGGGUAAUUCUCUUCGUGGUAAAAUAGUGACAUUUUCAGUGAUAGUAGUGCCUAUGUACAUCAACUAAAAUAAGUGAAGCUAAAGCAAAGCCAUCAUUGCUACAUUGCUGGAUGACUUAAAGCCUCCUGUUCAAACUAUUGUCAUAAACACGUUAAGCCAUAUAACAGGGAGGUGUAGCUUUCCUAAAACUGAUUAAUGGUAAAAUAAGCAAAUGCAGUGUCAUUCUGUAAAUGUCCGUUUAAUCACAUACAGGAUGCACCAUUGGGGCUCUAAAUCAAAUGUGUAUACUCAAACAAAAGAAAUGCAGAACCUGCUAUUUCAUUGGGAUUUGGUUACCUAAAGAAAGUUAUCAUUUUUGUAAUCAUCUAUUCUAUUCAUAUGUGCUUUGAUAGAUAUUUGAUAACUGAGGUCCAAUGUUGAUGAUGUCAUGAAUGUUUACAGACGCAGCUAAUGUCUUUGUCCUGACUUCUGCCGAUGUGGUAGUUUAUGGUUUAUUGUGCUCCCCUUUGAAAAAAUCAAUCCUGCUUACUAAAGAGUCGGUUAGAAAAGCACAUUUUUAGGUCAAAUUGUGUGAGUCGGCCUGUGCUGGAUAAGAAGCGUUUUUGGUAAAUUUACUAAACUCUUGUAAUUUGGUUGUAUUUGAUAUCAGGUUUGUAUUUCUGUAAAUAGGGUUGAGGUAAAAAAAAAAAAAUGAGCGGUCUGAGAUGAUUUGAGAUGAUUGUCUUCAAUGCUAUAACUAUUGUGUUGUCUUUAUUUACAGCUACAGCGAAUGCAUUUCAUUCUCCGUUCUCAAAAAGCCAGCCAUGAGUCAAUUUUGAUUACAUUUGUAGAUUCUGUAAAAUGUUUAUGAAGUACUAUCUCUGUUGUUCUGUGAAGUAUUUUUUUUUAAAACCACUUCUGCACAUUUGCAGGAGUUGUGCGCCAUAGUUAAAGCCACAAUCCUUAAUUCUUCAACAGCACUUCAUGAAUAUAUGUGCACUAAAGGUAGAGAAAAUUAAUUUUCAGCUUUACAGGUCCAUAGCAAUUCAAGAUACCCAUCUAUUAAAAUGUAAUGUUUACAAAAAGAUUUACACGCUGUUUACACGACGCCGACACUCACAUUGAGCUGUCCAUAAUUAGGUUUA